AUGGUAUCGGCAGUGGACUUGGUGGCUGAAUUUGUUCAAUUAUUUCAAGUUAUAAAUUUUCAUAUAAAGAAUGUCAGUUAUGGUGGAGGUUAUGGUGGGGGUUAUGGUGGGGGUUAUGGUGGGGGUUAUGGUUACCAACCAGAAAUUAAUUUAAUAGUUCCAUGGACGGAAGAAUUUGCAGCUAGUUAUAAUAGUUUUAUGAAUGGUGGGCUUGGAGGUGGCUUAGGGGGCCUAGGAGGUGGUUUAGGGGGCCUAGGAGGAUUAGGUGGUUUAGGAGGUCUAGGAGGAUUAGGUGGUUUAGGAGGUGGCUUAGGAGGUCUAGGAGGAUUAGGUGGGCUAGGCGGUGGUGGUAUUGGUAUACCUGCACAACUAUUAGGCUUUGGUGUAACUAGUACAACAAUGGGUUUUGGAGGUUAUGGUGGGGGACUACCUUAUGGCGGCGGAGUAGCUCAAUUUAAUCGUUAUCCAGUUGGUCCAGGAUACGCACCAGGCUAUGGCGGUGGUGGUCUCCUAGGAGGUGUUGAACGUGGACUAGGAGUAGGUCGAUAUGGACACCUUGGUGGUCUACCUUAUCCAGGUAGCGCUGUGAGUGGUGUUGAUCAAGCAUUUGGUUUAGGUCCAUAUCGUGGUUAUUAG